AUGGCAUCGCAAAAUAACCCCUCUAGUCAGCUGGCUCUCUCCGACUACCGCAAUCCGGCCUUGUCGAGCAUCUCGAAGUCUCUCUGUCUCACGCCAGGCACGCUCGGUCUCGAAAACGCAGUGGCGGGGAGCAAUGCUCGUGGAGACGGAUGGUCCAUUUCGCCCUGGAUCAAUAUGGCUCCGACGCCUUCGGCGGGCAUGGCGUCCGACGUUAAACAGACGUCCUCUCCGUCGUAUGCCGACAGCCAACGUCUCAAGACGGGCAUGGCCUUUGAUAACAAAAAGUCGCUCGCCUCUCGUCGUGGAUUCUCAGGCAGUCUGCAGCUCGAGACGCGCGUAACAUGA